AUGGACGUUUGUCCUAGUAACUACGACCGAAAUGAGCUCACGAAUACGUGUUGGACUGAAUGCCCCAUGGACUACCCUGUGGAGUGCGGCAUGGAGUGUAUUCGACAAAAUGACGACUGUGGAAUUGAAGUGGCCAGCAAAGUCUCCGCGGUCGCCAUUACCAUCAUUAGAAGUGCUUCAUUUGGUGUGUUUGGUGCUCUGGAAAUGAUAGGGCAGAAGGUUUGGUGGGCUGCCAGAUGCACCACCGCGACGCUGUUGGUGAUGCGAGGCAUCCUCCGGUACAUUCGCACCAUGAAGGCAGAAGAUCCGCAGGCGACCGACCGUAAGUUACUCGUUUUGUUGUUUCAGACCAGCACUGUGGUCACAGAUUUACCUAUCGCUAUUGCCGUGUGCACGAGGAAACCUGUAUCGCCGAACCUCCGUCAGUCACAACACGUGCUGUCCACGGCCCAGUGGAUGCUAGCGCAAGCUCUCGCCCAUGACGAUAACAUUAUCUCAAGUUGGAAGAAAUUCAGCGCCUUUCUUAGAGGUGCUAAUUUCACUGAAGCCGCCGAAGAGAUCACUGAGGGAGAAAUUGAGUCGCUCGAGACAGCAAUGAAGCAGAACUCGAGCUGUGGUGGUGAUCUCAAGUCCCUAAUUGACCGGGUAUGGCUGACCGUGAACGAGUAUCGAGAAGAAAGUCCUGCCAUCACGGACGAUGAGAUUCGACUAAAGAUUAGUGACUCCGAUCUCGUACUGUACGAUGUACCCAUAGUGACGAACAACUGUAUGCACCAGAUGAUCGCCGAGUCGAGUUUAGCGACAGCUUACAAGACGCGCGAGGUCUUACGCAAGACCUUUGGAGUCAUCAUGAACGACCUCAUCAAGUCUGGGAAGAGCGACAAUGGCACGUCCUACGAUGAAAAGAAGAAAGCGUACCGAGUAGUCGACCUUGCCUUCUCCGCUGCCGCUGCUACGUUGCUGGAUCCUACUCGUAUUACUUUGUUAUUUUCCGAGUACAUUCAGACAAUUUGUGGGCCAACUCAGUUCAUGGGCGAGAUCGACGACGGCACAGAGCCUGCUACGUUGGGGCUGAAUACGCUUCAAAAGGCAUUCAAAGGGACAAAAAGCUCCUGGACUAAAAAGGGUGAUGGAGCCGUCAUCAUCAGCUUUACGAGUACAGACACCAAAGACGUUACGGUAAACAUCAUGUCUGGCGGGGACAGGAUCGACGAAAUUGACGUGAAAGCAGGAGGAACCGCACAAUGGAAUUCAACUGUCAAAGCGCUUGGUGGUAAGACGCUCUACCUUGACCGCUGGCGGCCGGGAUUCCUCGGUCUUCCUGGCACAGGAGGCGGAUCACUUGUCCUGUGGGUGCCUAGGUCCUCUCAAGGAGGCCAUUUAGAAAUUGAGGCGAAGCUUAACGUGAGCUAG